AUGGCCGACACCAAUCCUGCCGACCAGGCUGCCGACGGCGUCGCCAAGCUCUACCUCGACGAGGUCACUGGCGAGCACGUCUCCAAGACCGAGCUCAAGAAGCGCACUAAGACUCGUGAGCGCGAUGCCGCAAAGAAGGAGAAGGCUGCUGCCAAGGGACCUGCUCCCACCUCACAGAAGAGCGCCGAGUCCGCUGAGAAGGACCUCACCCCCAACCAGUACUUCGAGAUCCGUUCACGAAUCGUCAGCGACUUGCACACACAAGGCAAGGCUUAUCCUCACAAGUUCGAGGUCACCUACGACAUCCGCAACUUCGCAGACGAGUUCAAGCACCUGAAGAAUGGCGAGUCGGCCAAGGAGAAGACAAUCCAGCUGGGUGGACGUGUCUUUGUUCGCCGAUCUGCUGGCAGCAAGCUCUUUUUCUACGAUCUCCGCUCCGACAACGCCAGGUUGCAGAUCCUCGCCCAGGCGGACAACGCCGACCCCAACGCCCCCAGCUUCGAGGAGCAGCACGUCAACCUGCGCCGUGGUGACAUCGUCGGUGUCCGUGGUUACCCCACCCGGACAAACCCUCAGAAGAAGCAAGGCGAGGGCGAGUACUCUGGCGAGCUGUCUAUCGCUGCUACAGAGGUCAUCCUGUUGUCCCCAUGCUUGCACCAGAUCCCCGACGAUCACUAUGGAUUCAAGAACCCCGAGCAGCGCUUCCGACAGCGUUACUUGGAUUUGAUGAUCAACGAGAAGGCGCGCAAUGUCCUGAUUACCCGUUCCAAGAUCGACUCUUAUAUCCGCCGCUACUUCGACGACCGCGGCUUCAUCCACGUUCAGACCCCCAUGCUGAACACCAUCGCCGGAGGUGCCACAGCCAAGCCUUUCAUGACGCACCACAACGAGCUCAACAUGGACAUGUAUCUGCGUGUGGCGCCUGAGCUGUACCUGAAGCAGCUGGUCGUUGGUGGGCUGAACCGCGUGUACGAGCUUGGCCGUCAGUUCCGUAACGAAGGUAUGGAUCUCACCCACAACCCUGAAUUCACCACGUGUGAGUUCUAUAUGGCAUACGCCGAUAUGUAUGACAUUAUGAACAUGACCGAGGAGCUGGUCUCGGGUCUUGUCAAGGCCAUCACCGGCGGAUACGUGACCACUUACCACACUGCCAAGGGCGAGAAGCGCGAGAUCAACUGGGAGGCGCCAUGGCGACGCAUUGAGAUGAUCCCCUCCCUCGAGGAACUCACGGGUGAGAAGUUCCCGCCGUCCGAGGAGUUGCACACAGCCGAGACUGGCGAAUUCUUGAAGAAGGUGCUGGCCAAGACUGGUGUUGAGUGCCCUCCUCCAUUGACCAACCCGCGCAUGUUGGAUGCCCUCGUCGGCCACUUUCUCGAGGACCAGUGCAUCAACCCCACGUUCAUCCACGGUCACCCCCAGAUGAUGUCGCCGCUCGCUAAGUCGGACCGCAACAAGCCCGGUCUCUGCGAGCGUUUCGAGGCGUUCGUCUCGCAGAAGGAGAUUUGCAAUGCAUACACCGAGUUGAACGUCGCUUCUGAGCAGCGCCUGCGUUUCGAGGAGCAGGCUCGCCAGAAGGACCAGGGUGACGAUGAAGCACAGCUGAUUGACGAGACCUUCUGCCGUGCUCUUGAACACGCGCUACCACCCACUGGCGGUUGGGGAAUGGGCAUUGACCGCAUGGUCAUGUUCCUCACCGACAACUGGAGUAUCAGGGAGGUCCUGGCGUUCCCCACGAUGAAGCCCGAGUCGCACGGGCCCGCGGCGGUAGCGGAGUAG